AGUCAACCCAAAACUAUUUUUAAAAAGUCUCUUGAGCAUUGUUCUCUGCAUCCAGUGCUCAAUAUUUUUGCUGCAAAAAAAACCUCAUAUACCUUAAACCAUGAGUAACAAUACCAUAUUCACUGCUGUUUAUUUUGUUAUGCUGCUAGCAUUAAGCAUGGCAGCUAGUAUUAGCAUAUUUUCAGUUCCAUCCUUCGCAAAAUUAUCAUCAUCGUCGUCAUUUUCAUCUACGGCAGAGGCAAAAGCUCUGCUCAAUAGUGGUUGGUGGGGAAACUUUUCUCCAACAUAUCAUUGCAACUUGGAAGGCAUCGCUUGCAAUAGGGCAGGAAGUGUCAUUCGGAUGGAAGCUCCAUAUUAUUAUUAUAAUGAAAAUCUUGCAUACAUGAAUUGGUCUUCCUUGCCAAAUCUGGAAUAUCUUGAUCUCAGUGGCUCUAACAUAACUGGGGGAAUUCCGGUCGAAAUUGGUACUCUCUCCAAGCUCACCCACCUUGACCUUUCUUACAACUAUCAUCUUGAAGGUGUUCUGCCAACUAUCCUGGGAAACCUCACCCAAUUAGUCCACCUCGACUUAUCGAAAACUGAUAUCGGAGGUCCAAUCUUCUCAACUAUUGGUAAUUUGAGUGCUCUAGCCCAUUUGUCUCUCAGUUCAAUUAACCUCGGCGGCUCCAUCCCUCCAGAAAUGGGGAACCUAAAGAAUUUGGUCAAGAUGGAUUUGAGUUUCAACAGCCUUGGAGGUUCAAUCCCUUCAUCUAUUGGCCAUUUAUCUAAUUUGACCGAUUUGUACCUUAAUUCAAAUCAACUCACUGGUCCAAUCCCUUCAUCUAUUGGAAAUUUGAGUGCUCUUUCUUAUUUGCAUCUUUAUUCCAAUGAACUCAGUGGCUCCAUCCCUCUAGAAAUAGGGAACCUAAAAAGUUUGCUGGUGAUGGAUAUGAGUUCCAACAUCCUUAAUGGUUUAAUCCCUUCAUCUAUUGGCCAUUUAUCCAAUCUGACCUAUUUGGAUCUCAAUUCAAAUAAACUCAACGGCUUCAUCCCUCCUGAAAUAGGAAACCUAAAGAAUUUGACCGAUUUGGAUUUGAGUUCCAACAUCCUUAAUGGUUCGAUCCCUUUGUCUAUGGGUCAUUUAUCUAGUUUGACCUAUUUGUCUCUCCAUUCAAAUCACCUCAGUGGCUGUAUCCCUCUAGAAAUUGGGAACCUAAAGAGUUUGGUAGAGAUGGAUAUGAGUUCCAACAUCCUUAAUGGUCCAAUCCCUCCAUCUAUUGGAAAAUUAAGUGCUCUUAACCAUUUAUCUCUCCAUUCAAAUCAACUCAAUGGUCCAAUCCCUCCAUCAAUUGGAAAAUUAAGUGCUCUUAACCAUUUGUCUCUCCAUUCAAAUCAACUCAAUGGUCCAAUUCCUCGAGAUAUAGGGAAUUCUAAAUGUUUGACUAACUUGGACCUCAAUAAAAAUCUCCUCACAGGUCAUAUCCCAGAUAGUAUUUGCAAAUUGAAAAACCUGACGCUUUUGGACCUCUCUGAAAAUUUGCUUAGUGGGCAUAUACCAAGGCAGCUAGGAAGACGCUGUAAUUUGGAGUAUUUGGGGUCGAAGAGAAAUAACUUGAUUGAAAAAAUACCCAACGGACUUGUGUAUUUGCCACAACUGGAUUACUUGGCUCUCCGAAAAUUAUCUCGUUGGGCAAAUCCAGCAUUGUCUUUGUUUAGUAAAAUUUUUCAACUUGUCAUACAAUCGUCUGGACGGUCAAGUCCUAAAUUACCCUCAUGUUUUACGGUCAAUAAAAAAAACAAAGAAAACAAAAGAAUGAUAAUUACUCUUGUCCUUUCCCUCCUUAGCGCAAUUUUCCUUUCCUUACUGGGGUGUGCAGUGUGCUUUUGUUUUUGUAAGACCAAAAAAAUCCAAAGUCAGGCAAGAGCAACCAAACAUGGGGAUAUUUGCUCCAUAUGGAAUUACGAUGGAAGAAUUGCAUAUGAAGACAUCAUCAAAGCAACGAAUGACUUCGACAUCAGAUAUUGCAUUGGAACAGGCGGAUAUGGCAGCGUGUACAGAGCUCAGUUGCCAAGUGGCCAAGUAGUUGCCUUGAAAAAACUUCAUCGGUUGGAAGCAGAGGACCCCACAUUUGACCAUUCUUUUAGGAAUGAGGUUCAAAUGUUGACUAAUGUAAGACACAAGAACAUCGUGAAGCUUUACGGAUUUUGUUUGCAUAACAAAUGCAUGUUCUUGGUGUACGAGUACAUGGAAAAAGGAAGCUUGUUUUGCGCCCUGAGAUUCGAUGUCGAAGCUUCUGAAAUUGGAUGGAUUCAAAGGGUAAAAAUCGUUGAAUCAAUGGCACAUGCUUUAUCCAAUUUGCAUCACGAUUGCACCCCGCCAAUUGUUCAUCGAGACAUAUCAAGCAACAACAUUCAAUUGAUCAGCUCCCAACUCGAAGCUUUUGUCUCUGACUUCGGAAUUGCAAGACUGUUGCAUCCCGAUUCAUCCAAUCAAACCGUUACUGCAGGGACUUAUGGAUAUAUUGCACCAGAACUUGCCUAUACCAUGGUUGUGACGGAAAAGUGCGAUGUCUAUAGCUUUGGAGUGGUGGCACUAGAAACAAUCAUGGGAAGGCAUCCAGGAGACCUCCUAAUGUCCUUGACGUCGCCUCCUAGCGAAAACAUGAUGAUAAUUGAUGUCUUAGAUCCUCGCCUUCUGGUACCUACGAAUCCUAUGGUUGCUGGGGACAUUGUUCUAGUUGCUACAAUGGCAUUUGCAUGUUUACGUCUUGAGCCCAGAUCUCGACCAACGAUGCUACGUCUGUCUCAUGAGUUUCUUUCUCGUAGGAAGGCUCUAGCUUCAUCCCUUCGUACAGUUUCUCUACGGCAGCUUUGGAAUCGGAACAUGAACUUUGUCCAACUAUCAAAUGAAGUGAUCAGUGCCCAAGUUUGAAAAGAGCCUCGAUUCUUUUGAGGCCUUGAUUGUUAUGACCAUUGAGUAUGUAUCUUAUUGUUUUGCAGCAUUGAUUCAUUGAAUAGAAAAACACUCUCAGCUUGUAUUUGUAAGGAGCUUAAAUCAAAAUCAUUUAGGCA